AGGAAAAGGGAGAUUGUUUGAGCCAAAAUGGCGAAGUUAUCUCGUCGUAGCCCGGUGCUGUGCAGGUGAUUAACACAGAGAAGCUCCUCCUCUGCCUGCCACAGUGGAAACAAACCUGGGCUCAACUACUUAAUCAUUUUAAGGACAUAAAUUAAGCCAUGGACACAUCGAAGCUUCCCAAGAUUCAGGAUGAGGAGCGAGAAAGCCAGUUUGGAUUUGUUCAUGGAGUUUCAGGACCAGUGGUGACAGCUACUGCGAUGGCUGGAGCUGCCAUGUAUGAGCUGGUUCGUGUCGGUCACAGUGAGCUGGUGGGAGAAAUCAUCCGUUUAGAAGGUGACAUGGCAACCAUCCAGGUGUAUGAGGAGACCUCUGGGGUGUCUGUCGGUGACCCAGUCCUCCGUACGGGGAAACCUCUCUCUGUAGAGUUAGGCCCGGGAAUCAUGGGCUCCAUCUUUGAUGGUAUCCAGCGUCCACUAAAAGACAUUAACGAUCUCACUCAGAGUAUCUACAUCCCACGAGGAGUAAAUAUUGGCGCACUAAACCGGGAUGCCAAAUGGGAGUUUUCUCCUGGCCAGAACCUUCGAGUUGGCAGUCACAUAACGGGCGGAGAUAUAUAUGGGACUGUGUUUGAAAAUUCCUUAAUAAAGCAUAAACUAAUGCUUCCUCCCCGAAACAGGGGCACUGUCACCUAUUUGGCUCCUUCUGGAAACUACGACCUUUCUGAUAUUGUUCUGGAGCUGGAAUUUGAGGGAAUAAAAGAGAAGUUCACUAUGAUGCAAGUGUGGCCAGUACGGCAAAUCCGCCCGGUAACAGAGAAAUUACCUGCCAACCAUCCACUGCUGACUGGUCAGAGGGUUCUGGAUGCACUUUUCCCGUGUGUACAAGGUGGCACCACGGCUAUUCCUGGAGCCUUUGGAUGCGGGAAGACCGUGAUCUCUCAGUCGCUGUCCAAGUACUCAAACAGUGAUGUCAUCAUCUAUGUGGGCUGUGGAGAACGUGGCAAUGAAAUGUCUGAAGUGCUGCGGGAUUUCCCAGAGCUUACUAUGGAAGUUGAUGGCAAAGUUGAGAGCAUUAUGAAGAGAACAGCGCUGGUUGCAAACACGUCAAACAUGCCGGUGGCGGCUCGAGAGGCUUCCAUCUAUACAGGGAUCACGCUGUCUGAGUACUUCAGAGAUAUGGGCUACAACGUGAGCAUGAUGGCGGACUCAACAUCUCGAUGGGCUGAGGCUCUGAGAGAAAUCUCUGGAAGGCUGGCUGAAAUGCCUGCUGACAGCGGUUAUCCUGCUUAUCUUGGCGCCCGGCUGGCUUCUUUCUACGAACGCGCUGGACGUGUGAAGUGUUUGGGAAAUCCAGAGAGGGAGGGCAGUGUCAGCAUCGUUGGAGCUGUGUCGCCCCCUGGUGGAGACUUUUCAGAUCCAGUCACUUCAGCCACAUUAGGAAUAGUUCAGGUCUUUUGGGGCUUGGACAAGAAGCUGGCUCAGAGAAAGCACUUCCCCUCAGUAAACUGGCUAAUCAGUUACAGCAAGUACACACGAGCUCUGGAUGAAUAUUAUGACAAACACUUUCCAGAGUUUGUUCCUCUCCGUACAAAAGCUAAGGAGAUAUUGCAGGAGGAGGAGGAUUUGGCGGAAAUUGUGCAGCUUGUAGGCAAGGCUUCUCUUGCUGAGACUGAUAAAAUCACUCUGGAGGUUGCUAAACUCAUUAAGGAUGACUUCCUGCAGCAAAACGGUUACACCCCCUACGACAGGUUCUGCCCCUUUUACAAAACCGUUGGCAUCCUCUCAAACAUGAUUGCUUUCUACGACAUGGCCCGACAUGCAGUGGAGUCCACAGCUCAGAGCGACAACAAGAUCACCUGGGCCAUGAUCCGAGAGCACAUGGGAGAGAUCCUGUACAGGGUCAGCUCCAUGAAGUUCAAGGACCCUGUUAAAGAUGGAGAAGCUAAGAUUAAGGCAGAAUACAGCCAGCUGCUGGAGGACAUGCAGAACGCCUUCCGGACCUUAGAGGAAUGAGCUUCUAGAAGAUGGUCAAACCAUAGAGUCCAGAAUCGUUUGUUGUGAUUGUGUUCAUUUAUAUUAAUAUUUUUUUUUUCUGUUUACAUCCCCUUCAACAUUCCAGGACUAUCAUAGGUUUUAUCUUAUUAUGGAUCAUUUUUUAUUUAGAUAAAAAAAAAAAAAAAGCUGCUGCUGGUAUCAAAAUCAUCACCACCCCCACAAGCAACAUGUUUGCUUUGUUCUGUAAAGACGUUCACAUCUUGUUCAAGCCCAUUCACAGCUUGUCUCGUUGAUGAAGGCGACUUCUUCACUUCUUCUUGAACGUAAGCAGUGCAGCUUUUUGAAAAAUGUAUUAAACCAAGCGUAUGGAUAAAGGGACAGAGGAUUCGAGGUGUUCUCAGUGGGGUUAAAUGCAUUUAUUUUUACCUCUUACUUCAUGCAGGUGAUCGUGAUGUUGACUGUAUACUUGAUGUAAUGUAUAAAAAUGUAAAAUGAAUCUGUUGAAACGUGUAUGUCUAUCGGUCAGUGGUACUUUGAAUAAAUAAAUGAAA